UCCAAAAUUUAAAGGAAAUUACCUCAAAAAUGGAUGAAUGUUGCAUCGCAUGUCUCAGCGAGAAUCGUCAAAGCUUCGCCGGAGUACAGGAAAAGGAAAGAAUUGAAGAAUUUAUUGCUGAAAAGUUACCUCCUGUUUUUGCGAAUUUUCCUGUAAUUUUGUGUAAUGGAUGCUCGUUUCAAUUGGAAAAGUAUCGCAACUUCCGUCAAAAUGUCCUGAAUUCCAUCAAUACACUCACAGCUCAGUUGAACAAGAUUUACGGAUGUCGUGUAUUUGUUGAACCUCUGCCAAUUACGAUCGAUCCAAUAAUUAAAGAAGAAAAUUCUGAAACAUUUGUCAAUGAAUUUGUCGAGAAUGAAAUCGUUAAUGAGCCUAUAGACGAUGAUUUUGACAAUUACGAACCGGAAAACGAUUUCGAUGCAGAAGAUUCUGAUGCUUCGUAUGAACCAGAGAUCGAAAAAUCAACAAAAGAAGCGAAAACAAAUUCUUCUGUGCCAAAAACGAAGGAGAAAUACAGAGUAAUUAAACCCAAAGAACGCAAAUCUCGUGAAAAUAUCGAUCCGUAUUGCAAUUUUUGUAAAAUUAUGAUAAAAGAUGAGCCAUUUUUGUUUCAUCUGAAGCGAGAACACUUUACGAAACUCAAAUCUGGCUUUCAUAAGUGCAAAAUUUGUGAUCAAGAGUUCAAAGCAGGAUCGAACAGCGGAGUAACUUAUCAUUUUGAUAUGCAUCGAGAAUUCAAAACGACUCGAAAGUGUUCAGAAUGCAAAGAUUCGUUCAAAAAAGUCGGCGAAUGGCGAAAACACAUAAGAAAUAGACACACAACGACAACUUACGAAUGUUUAUGUUGCGAAGAAAGACACACUUUUGUCAGUAAAAGAGAGUUAAUGGACCAUUUGAGGGAGUUUGGAAGUGAUACGGAAGAGGAAAAGACAGAAAAUGAAGAGAUAAUUAACGAAUCAAUCACUGAACAAACAAUCAAAAGCGAAAACACGCAACUUGAUGACUUUCAAGACAAAACUCUCGACGAAUGGGGUGAAACAUGGCAAGAUUCUUUCAUCCCUGAUCAUACAAAUGUUCCUAAAAACGACUCAAAAGUCGAUUAUCGUGUACAAGUCUAUGGAGGUCGAACACGUGUUCAUACAGUAUCAAAGGGAAAAACCACAAAAUGGCAUCAAUACAUCCGAAUGUUCAAAGAUAAACUUCCAAGUCGUCAUUUGGAGUCGAAAAAACGAGCUUUUAUAGGUCUCGAUGUCGAUUGCAGUAUAUGUGGUUUGGAGAAACUCGCUCGAAAUUAUCGCGCUCAUGUAAUUUCAACACAUGCCAUUUUGGAAAAUGACAAAGUUUUCUGCAAAAUUUGCAAUACGGAGUGUACAAGUCAACAAUCGUUCGUUUAUCAUUUUGAUACUCAUCGAAUUUUGGAUCCUCCAAAGAAAUGCGAAGAAAAAGGAUGCGACGAAGUCAUGAACAACAUGAAAGAUUUCAAACGUCAUACCGAAGCACAUCGUUACAAAAAGGAAUUUCAAUGCCCCGAUUGCGACAAUCAGUAUUUCCGUAUCGCUUCUUUGCAAUUUCACUACAUGACAGUACAUACAGGAGCUCUGAUGUGUCGUUUCUGUCAACUUGUGUUCGAGCUAAAAGAGGAUUAUGAUCGCCAUAUAAAAGCUGAAUAUGCAGCACGAAAGGAAAGGAAAAGUUUGAUGCGUUACACGAAAAUUCGAUUAGCUCGUGAAAAAGAAAAGGAGCAAAAAUUGAAGGAUGGCGUGUUGGAAGAUGAAGAUGAAGAGGAUGAAAUGAACGAAUUACCGAUGGUUUUUGGGCGUACAAUGACGAUAGUUAAUGCGAAAAAACGCACAGAACCAUUAACAGUGAAAUCCACAAAAUUCUCGCAGAAAAGUUAUUGUCACAUUUGUCGAAUUAACGUUGCGAAUUUCAAAAGUCACGUCACGGAUGCGCAUUCGACGAGACUUCCAACGGGCGGUUACAAAUGCAACGUGUGUCAUUCGUGCCUUAAAGACAACUUUUCGAUCCAUUUUUAUCAAAACCAUCGUGAAUAUCCGGAAGUUCAACAAUGCGAACAUUGCGAUUUCAGUUCCAUCCGUUACGAAGUUUUCCGAAAACAUCAAAUGCUCCACAAACGAGGACUUUUCGAGUGUCAUUAUUGCGGAUUAUCGUACACGGAGAAAACUAGUUUGCGUUAUCAUAUGUUCUUCAAGCACACGGAGCUCUUCAUUUGUAAUUAUUGCAUGAAAACUUUCGACGACGAAGCAACUUUCAAAGAUCACAUGGUCGAAGAAAAGGGAAAACGUCGUCGAAAAACCAACGUUUGUGAUAUUUGUGGAUUUACGACGACACAUUCGCUAAAAAGUCACAUGACACGAAAACAUGGAGAUCAAACAGAAGCUCAAUGCGAGGUGUGUGGCAAAAAAUGCAAAAGUGCGACAAAUUUGAGGGAUCACAUGUUGAAUGUUCAUACCGAAAGAACUGUUGCUUGCCCGCAAUGUGAUAAAAAAUUCCGAAAUCACGCUUAUAUGAGGGAACAUGUUAAGAUAACACACACCACGGAGACCGUUCAAUGUCAAAUGUGCGAAAAAGUAGGAACGCCUUUCCAGAUAAAACGACAUUUUAACUUUAUUCAUGAGACAACGAAGCCUUUUCAGUGCAAAAUUUGCCAUAUAACGUUCAAGAUGAAAUCCGGGUUGCAAAAACAUUUGCAUUCUCAUGCGGGAACGAGACCUUUUAAUUGUCAUGUGUGCUCCCAAGGCUUCUACAAUCGAAAUUUGGUACAGAAACAUUUGUUGGAUCGACAUAAUAUGACGUUGACACACGAGGAAAUUCGAGCUAUUUAUCGGAGGAUGCCUUCGACAUAUGAACAUGAGCAUUUUGGGCAGAAAAAUGAUGAAGAUUAUGAUUAA